CUGUUAUGUUCGUGCCGACCAAUCGAGACCAUCGAAGCUGUCAUCGAUCAAAUGCAGUGUCAUUCAGCCAUUAAGUCGCCGCACACAGACACAUACAGCAACACGAACACGUGAAUUCGUCCUCACAGCUAGACAGACAGACAGACAGGCACGGAGGCAGCGGGUGAGCUUCCAUCACGGCAUUCAUAUCGGUGACGCCCGACUGGAUGAGUGCCACUGGGUGAACACAUGAUGAGAGUGACUCGCACCGACUAACACGUGUGCCCAUCUGCUGGCCUGCCUGUUUCCCAUUUGUCUGUCCGUCCACCCACACACGACAGGCAGGACCAGGUGAGGCAGCGAAACAAAUGGAGUUAUGCACACAUUCAAACCUGCCUGCCCGACUGACUGUCCAUCCAUCCAUCCAUCCAUGUGGCUACGUGCCCCGCUCGCCCAUCUCACGUCAGCUGCAGCGGUCUGAAGGUCGCUAUGCCGUCCCGGCCCCUCUCGACCCACCCCAGCUGCUGCCACUGGAACUGGCAGUCGUCAUUGCCCAGGUGCUCGUUGAAGCCCUUGACCAGCCCCGCCACGCCAUGCUGCGCCACCUCGUCCAGCCGGGCCCUGUGGACCACCUCACGCACACCCAGGAGUCGGUGCUGCCCGCCCUUCUGUCCCGCAUUGAUGGCGAAGCACUGCAGCGGCACCCGCACCAAAUCGCCGCCCACAUUGGCCAUCCCGCCCACCACCUCCCUGUUGCUGCUGGCCUUGUACACUGCCGAGCGGACGAAAUGCUCGACAGCCGCACGCACACGCCGGGCCAU